CGCACGAAGGUUCCGCGGGCGCUGCCGUGGGUGUCCCCGGGCUCCCCGCGGCCCCCGCGGCCUCAGGAGCUCGGGCAGGGCGGACACGGCUCCAGGAGCCUUUAGACAGUGCCCUCAGACACAUGGAAUCACAGAAUCACGGGAUGGUUCGGGUUGGAAGGGACCACAGAGGGUCAUCCUGUCCCACCUUCCUUUCCAAGCAGGGUCAUCCCAGAGCGCACGGCUCAGGAUGGCACAGGAUUGUGUCCAGAAAGUUCUGGAAUCUCUCCAGUCAGGGAGACUCCACACCCUGGCUGGUCUGCCUGUUCAGUUCUUGGUCACGGUCCAUGCUCUGACACCACCCUUUAGAUACUCAAACACAUCCAUGAGUUCCCCUCUGGGCUGUCUCUUCUCCAGGCUGAACAAACCCAUCUCCCUCAGCCUUUCCUCACAAGAGAAAUGUUCCAGAACCUUGACCAACUUAGCAUCUCUGCACAGGAUGUGCCCCAGCAGUUUCCACAUGGUGGGAUUUCUGUGACUGUCCUACGCAGGGCCAGGGGUUGGACUUGAUCUUUGUGGGUCACUUCCAGCUCAGGAGAUUCUGUGAUUCCAUUUUUCUGUACAGCAAAACUUGGGGUUCCUGGGGGUGCCUGAGGCUUCACAGGCAGACAGCAAUGCAAAGAGGAAACGUCACCAAAAAACAGAGAAGUGGCCUUUCCCCAGUCCUGGUUUGAUCUUCAGAUCUGUGACCAGACACGGGCAAUCAGCCAAUUGCCUCGGUGCGAGCAGCCACAGAGUUUUCUUCUGAAUUUCCAUUUUCAGGGACGAGACUUUGUGACGCUGUCAGGGGAAAGCAGACAUGUGUUUCAUAAAGCCUGAGCCUUGGUUGUUUUCCACAGGGAGGUUGUCAGGAGGAGAGGGGGCUCAGGCCCUCAGACAUAAGCUAAAUCCAGCCACAAGAAGUUUCCCCUCUUCUUCGUUUGGAAGCUCACACUUGCCAGACGUGGAAUACCAAAGGGAUGAGUUUUGCCUCCUUUCUGCUUAUUACACAGCUGAGUUAACCCCACAUUUCUGUUUACCUCAACCCAGCUGCCUGGGGCAGUUUCGAGGUUGCAGCGGUGCCGUGGGACGGGCACGGAGCCCUCCUGUUAUUUCACAGAUAUUAUUUCACUGUUAUUAUUUCACAGAUAUUAUUUCACUGUUAUUAUUUGCAGCAGCGAUGGAAGGGAAAGAAGAGCUGCCUGACACAUCCUGGCCCACACGUCCUUGUGGUCCCUGUGGCUUGGGGCUGGGCUGAGCUCAGAGCCUGGCCCCAACCACGCCUUUCUGCUCUUUUUAAAGGUUGUUAAAGCAGCAGCUGUCAGUUUGCUGCUCCGCUGCUUCCUCCUGUGUGAAAGGAGAAAUCUCUUCAUGUCUUGGCGUGAGCUCCUUCCCCCCUGGCUGGUGAUCGUAGCGGGGCUGACGGGCAUCCUGCUGCUCUGUGUCUCCACCAAAGAUGUGCCUGUGGCCCCGCUCAGGACCAAGUAUGGCAUUGUUCUGGAUGCCGGCCCAUCCCGCACCAUCCUGUUCAUCUACCAGUGGACAACCAGCAAGGCAAACAAGACUGGGGUGAUCAGAGGAUGCAGUUCCUGUCCUGUGCAAGGCCCAGGAGUCUCCAGCUACUCCGAUUCUCCUCAGAAAGCUGGGAAGAGCUUGGAGCCGUGUUUGAACUGGGCCCAGAAUGAAAUCCCAGCAGAGCAGCACAGCCAAACCCCCCUGUACUUGGGAGCCACCACCAGCAUGAGGCAGCUGAACCUCACCCAUCCCAUCCUCUCUGACAGUCUCCUUGCAGCUCUGACUGGCACUCUGAAGUCAUCCCCCUUCAACUUUCAAGGGGCACAAAUCCUGUCCAGCCCAGAGGAAGAAGCAUUCAAUUGGGUUGCUGUUAACUAUGUCCUGGAGAACUUCUUCAAGUAUGACUGGCGAGGACAGUUGGUCCCCUCCAGGAAGGGGAUGGCAGGAGUCCUGUCCGUGGGAGGAACCUCAGCACAGCUCACUUCUGAGCUGGAAGAAGAGAAGCAGGCCCCAGAGGAGGGAGUGAGGCUGCAGCUCUAUGGGCAGACACACAGGGUGCACACCCGCCAGUGCCCCUGCCACGGCACGGAGCAGCUCCGCCGCAGGCUGCUCUCCGUGCUCAUCCAGGAUCAGAAAAGUGCUAAAACUGUCUCCAACCCCUGCUGGCCCCUCACUUACUCCCAGGAAGUGCAGUGGCAAUCAGUGCAUGCUGGGCCUUGUGCUGCCAGUGAUGACACACGGGACAUCCCUGGCCCCAAGGAGGUCUUCAACAUCACGGGCUCCAGCAACCCCACAGCCUGCAUCAGCCUCGUGCAAAGCCUGCUCAACUCUUCCUCCUCCUCCUGCAGCUUCUCCAAGCAUUCCCCCAGCAGUGGUCUCAAGCCCCUUCAGACCAGGUUUCUGGUGGUUUCUGAGGCCAUGGACUUCAUGAGAGGAACUGGACUUUCUCCUGACUUGGGUCAGGCUGUCAAGAGGCUGUGUGGGAUGUCCAUCAAAGAGCUGAUUAGGGAGUCCCAAGCAAGCCUGGAUACACUUGUUGACUACUGCACUGUGUCUGCCUUCAUCUUCCAUCUCAGUACAACAGGAUACACGCUCGACUUUGACCGGCCUGCUUGGACUGCAUUCCAGAAGAUGGGUGAUAGAUCAUCUGGCUGGACUCUUGGGUACCUGCUGAGUCUGACCAGCACCAUCCCCCAGGACAGCCCAAGCUUCCUCAAGGGGAUUGAGCCGGGGGUCUGGUCCUUGCUCCUGAUCCUCUUCGUCGUGCUGCUCAUGGGCUCCUUCAUGCGCAUCUCGUACCGAGUGAUGGUCAAGGACAGCAGCUCCAGUCACAGGAACAGCAGAGUUUUUGAUGACUGACAGUUUUCUGUGACUCAAGACUCUUGUCAGAGCACAGUUAACAGGGUCCAGACAGAAAUCACAGAGGUGUAAGUCACUGGAGGAUGAAAAUGAUUUUCCUGCAGGGCUCCCAGCAACUUGCUGGUACUUGCACUGCUGUACCUUGAGACAAUGAA